CAUAUGCAUGCAUGCAACAACAAAAAGAUUUCUGCGUAUCAAUAGCACGUUUUGCUGUUUAUAUUUGACGUACUAUUUAUACGCAUUUUCACACACACACACACACACACACCUUCAGAAGCUCAAAUCCUCCCACUGAGCCCCGGUUUCCACGACACUCUCUGACCAAUGAGCGUGUGAGUGACGGUAAGACCGGACAGCACGAGACCGUUUCAGUACCUGCUGAUGUGCUCACGCAUAGAAUAGAAUAGAAUAGAAUAGAAUAGAAUAGAAUAGAAUAGAAUAGAGAAUGACCGGUCUGCGAAUAUCGUGGAACUCCUGCUCCUGAACAAAAGGUGCGGCCUGCGCGGGUCAGAUGUGUCGGAUCUCUGUCUGGAUCUGAGCUCGGUGACCGGAGCGAUGAAGGAGAAGUCAAAGACGGCGGCGAGGACGCGGCGCGAGAAGGAGAACAGCGAGUUUUACGCGCUCGCCAGAAUGUUGCCGUUACCGUCGGCCAUCACGACUCAGCUGGACAAAGCGUCCAUCAUCCGACUGACCAGCAGCUACCUGAAGAUGCGACUGGUGCUCCCUCCAGGUUUGGGGGAGGUUUGGGGUCGGAGCAGAUCUUUAGAAAACACAAACCUUGAGCUCGGAUCUCAUUUACUGCAGGUAAUAAUCAGCAAGAUGCUCCAGACGUUAGACGGCUUUAUAUUCGUGGUGGCUUCCGAUGGGAAGAUCAUGUACAUCUCAGAGACGGCGUCAGUUCACCUGGGCCUUUCACAGGUAGAGCUGACCGGGAACAGUAUUUAUGAGUACGUCCAUCCGGCCGAUCACGAGGAGAUGACCGCGGUCCUGACGCCUCAGCCCUCGCUGCACUCUCAGCUCAUCCACGAGCAUGAAGCAGAGCGCUCGUUCUUCUUAAGAAUGAAGUGUGUUUUGGCCAAACGUAACGCCGGGCUGACGAGUGGAGGAUAUAAGGUCAUCCACUGCAGUGGCUAUCUGAAGACGUCCACGCUGGACUGCUAUCAGAAUGUGGGUCUGGUGGCGGUGGGACACACUUUACCUCCCAGCGCCGUCACCGAGAUCAAGCUUCACAGCAACAUGUUCAUGUUCAGAGCCAGUCUAGACAUGAAGCUCAUCUUCCUGGACUCCAGGGUUUCAGAGCUGACAGGAUAUGAGCCACAGGACCUGAUUGAGAAGACCCUGUAUCAUCACGUGCACAGCUGUGACAGCUUUCACCUGCGCUGCUCUCAUCACCUCCUGCUGGUCAAAGGUCAGGUGACCACUAAAUAUUACCGCUUCCUGUCCAAACACGGCGGCUGGGUUUGGGUGCAGAGUUACGCCACCAUCGUUCACAAUAUUCGCUCGUCUCGUCCACACUGCAUCGUCAGCGUCAACUACGUCCUCACGGACACGGAGUACAGAGGACUGGCGCUGUCUCUGGAGCAGCUAAAGCCCAGCAAACCUGCGUUCCCUUACGCAAACCAGACCCCAGCCAAGAGCCACGCUUCUCCGUACUCUCAGCAGUUUCCCUUCUUCCAGCCCGAGCGCUCAGAUUCUGAUCGCGACAGCCAAUGGGACGGCAGCCCUCUGACAGACUCCGCCUCCCCGCAGCGACUGGACACGUGUGCUCAAACACACACACACACACACGCCUCACACACACAGAGAGAGGGAUGGUGGGAUGCCACUAAAGCAACUCAACACGUCCAUCAAACUCACGCUCACUGGGACGAGGAGCGUGUGGACGGAUCUCCAGGCUCCUCGGGCGAUUCGGGAGACAGUUCAGGGAUUUCCCAGAGCCGGAUGGGUGCCAGACAGGAGCCGAUUAAAGUGGAGGACGGCUGCAUGAGUGACGUCUUCUCGUCCGUCUGUAGAGGACCGCCCCGUCUCGUCCUGCACCGAGACGACAGAGACGAGAGUCCAGCCUCGCUGUCCGCUCUGAGCAGUCCCGGCUCCGACAGACUGUCCCGUUAUGACGUGAACACACACAUGCACUUUCAGACCAGCACCACACACAACGGCACAUCGGUCAUCAUCACCAACGGCAGCUGACCGCAAAACACCUGCUGCUUUAC